AUGUUACCACCAUCGUCCAAAACCCUCGCCGUCCUUGGGCUUCUAGCUCAUGCUUCCUUCGUCCAGUGCAAAGACAAGACCAUCAUUCGCGAUGUCGCUAUCAUAGGUGGUGGUGCUUCAGGGACAUUUGCUGCGGUCAGACUUCGCGAUCAAGGCAAAUCUGUCGUUCUCAUUGAGAAAGAAAGCAUCCUGGGUGGCCAUACCAACACUUAUCAAGACCCGGUCACCAAAGUAACCGUGGACUACGGUGUGGAGGUCUUUCACAAUCAACAGAUAGUCAAGGACUAUUUCAAUCGCCUGAAUGUAUCAUGGACCAUUGCACCGCCGGGCUUUGGCGCAGGGGGGGCACCGGUAUACUUGGACGCCAACUCCGCCGAACAAGUUGAUUAUACCAGUCCUGAUCCUCGGGCCGCGAUAUUCACGUAUGCGACUCAACUAGCUCAAUAUGCGCAGCUGGAGCUGGGGUUCUUUCUCCCGGACCCUGUUCCAGAUGACCUGCUACUACCAUUUGGAGACUUUCUCGCUAAAUACCCGGACAUUGGCAAUGCAACUAUGACGAUCUUCGAAUUCGGACAGGGCUUGGGCGAUUUCCUUGCACAGCCGACGCUGUACGUAUUCAAGAAUUUCGGUCUGGAUAUUAUACAAGAUAUCUCGACUGGAUUCCUGGUCACAACGAGUCAAAAUAACCAGGAGAUAUACGACCACGCCACCGAGCUUCUCGGGUCUGACGUGUUGCGAAGUAGCAUCGUGAAAUCCGCGCACCACCGAGAUGACAACGGAGUCCAACUAGAGGUGCAAACCCCAUCCGGUCGCCGGAUCGUGAAAGCAAAGAAACUCUUGAUUGCCAUUCCCCAGAAACUGGACAACUUACGAGCCUUUGACCUGGAUGACCGCGAGGCCGACCUCUUCGGCGAGUUCUCGAACACGGGCUACUACACGGCCCUGUUGAACAAUACCGGCUUGCCAGCGAACUUUAGCUCUGUCUCUGUCGGCGCUGGUACCCCAUAUAACGUCCCCACGUUACCGGGCGUUUACACGGUGAGCGCAACGGCGAUAGAGGGUAUCUUCGAUAUCAAAUACGGCAGCCCGCGCGGUCUACCGGAACAUCAUGUGCGAAGUGAAAUCCUCUCGUAUGUCAAGAAAUUACAGGACAAUGGGUUCGCCGCGAAGGCAUCUGGCGGGCUGAAGUUUGUGCGGUUCAACAGCCAUACUCCAUUUGAGUUGACGGUGUCGCCGGACCGGAUUUCGGAUGGAUUUUAUAAGCAGUUGUAUGCUCUGCAGGGUUAUCGGAAUACGUGGUAUACAGGUGCGGCAUUCCAUACGCAGGAUUCGUCGAUGCUGUGGAAUUUCACAGAGUCAUAUGUGCUGCCUAGUUUGCUGGGAUAG